AUGUCGUCCUCCACCGUCCUCACCGUCUUCGCGGCCCUCGUCGCCUCGGCCAACGGCCUUCUCUGGCUCCAGUGGGGAGGUGACGCCAACGCUCGUGCCUACGAAUGAGCACUACUCCAACAUCUGAAUAAAGCUUUUCAUUCAAACAUUGUCCAUUCUGAAACGAGAAGCAAAAUCAUGAGCUUGGAUUUUCAAAAUUCAAGGAUUUACAUUCGUUUUUUGGUUCAUGGCGUCGUAAAAAGGCAUUACCAAGCAUUGAGAUGAAAAGCUGAGAGCUUACUUAAGAUUUCGGAGAGCCAGAACCAGAGGUCAUUUUCAUAUCCACAAAUUAUAGGUCAUUCCGCGCCAGCUUGUCACGAUUUUAAAUUUCCUUGGAGCUAGAGAACCCAUUUCGGCGCUUCGCUUCGAUGCUCUCGGUGUUCCCCCUUGCGUGCGCCUUUAAUAAAACAUUAUUUCUGAUCAAGAUAUUGCUUCAAUUUUCUCUCUCUUUUUAUUAAUUUACGAGGUUGUUUUUAAUGGAUUGGUUUCCUUUUUCGCUUCAACUAUACACACUCAGAUUCUGUGCUGUAUUUGUAAAAAGAAAAAUCAAAAAGAUUGAAUUAUUACUUUUUUUAAUUGUUAUUAAUGAAACCGACUGUUCGAGCUUUUUCUUGCAUAUAAUUUUUUUGGGUUAGUUUGAUAUAAAAUUUGAAGUUACAACUGUUUUUUUGUAGAACAAGAAAAAAAGAAAAAGCACACCGACAGCAUCGAAGCGAAGCGCCGAAAUGGGUUCUCUAGCUCCGAGGAAAUUUAAAAUCGUGACAAGCUGGCGCGGAAUGACCUAUAACAUUGAACGCAAUAAAUGACUGCAAAACUAUCUUAAGAUAAAAAAAAAUGAACAAAUCCACGAUUUUAUAAAUUCGAAACGUCGACCACGUCAAAGUCAACGUGGCACUCCAUUCCUAUAAAACGCUGAAUUUCAGUUCGAAAAUGUUCAUUCUUCGAUUUCUUCCUUCUUCUACGUCGAGUUAAACGACUUCUGGUUCGUUUUUGUUCUAAUCUUUCUAGAGCUCUUGCUGGGAUCCUUGAAAUAAACUAAAAUACACUGAAAAGGGCUCCAAACUCGGUAAAUUUCUCGUUUUAGCGUUUUUGACCACCCAAGCAAUGACUUCCAAACAGGAGAAAUUCUAUUUAAAUUGUCAAAUUUAAGAGAAACGAUGCCGAUUCAAAACGACAUCGUCGGCAAGUGGAAUUUCGCGACGAGCGACAAUUUUGAGGCUUAUCUUAAGGAGGUUGGUAAUUUUUGAUAAAUUGUACUCAAAGUCAAGAGACUAGCAAAUGAGCAGCAAAAAUAUUUUUCAAGAUGAAACGAUAAAUUCAGAAGUUUUCCGGAGCCUCUGAAAAAAAUAAAUUCUGAGAAGGGAUCCCACUACAAUAUUCUUCGCGCCUUUGGAAAUUCCCCAAAAAAAAUGCAUACUUCAAAAAUUGAAGGUAGGCGUCGGGAUGCUUUUGCGUAAGAUGGCGGCCAACAUCAAGCCGACGUUGGACAUCAAGAUCGAGGGCGACGAGUGGACGAUGACGUCAACCUCGUCGUUCAAGACGCACGCCGUCAAGUUCAAGCUCGGCCAGGAGUUUGACGACAAGACGGCCGACGGACGCGAUGUUCGUUUUUCUAGGCGACUUCAUUUGAAACCAUUGAAAAAAUCUGACUUAUAAUUACUUUUAAACAACUUUAUAAGACAUUUUGAGCCAAACAAAAAUCGUUUUAAGGUAACAUGAUAAUUUAAAGGUCUUGUCAAAGUUCACUGUUGAAAACGACAAACUAGUACAAAAGGAGACGGGGAAGAACGGCGGCAAGGAUUCGACUAUUCUGAGAUUCGUCGAGGGCGGCAAUAAACUGAGCGUCGUGAGUUUUUCUUGAUGCUCUUGGGAAAAAAAACAGUACUCGCCAAGGACUACUUGGAGAGGACACUAGAGUGGUCACUAAACCCAACUCUUUAGUGGCCACAAUUUUCCGUUUUAGUGGCCACUAUAGAAGUUCUCUAUUUAGUGGCCACUUCAGUAGUUUUUAAUCCAGUAUUCCUUCCAGUAACUAUGAUAAUUUUAAAACAAACAGAUUGGACCAGUUAUGUUGAUCCAUUGACCCCUAAAGUGGCCACUAAAACUUUUAGUGGUCUAGUAGUAGCACUUAGACCUCUAUAGUGAUCACUAAUUUUUAACCCCUUAAGUGGUCACUAAUUUGACUACGCUAGGAAAUGUAGAUAUUCUGAAGCUCGUUUUACAACAAGCAUUUAGAAAAUAAAUUGAAACUUAAAAGUUGUCUUUCCGGAAGACGAUCUAUAAAGCUGAAAAACCUAGAAUUUUUCGAACUUGUAUUAACUUUCAAAUAUUUUCAGACUUGCGAAUGCAACGGCGUCAAAUCGGUCCGCACCUACGAAAAAGCCGCUUAG